GUUUCUACAUAAUUAUGAAACUAAUUAGGAACUGAAAAGCAGCAGAUAUAUAUAUAUAUAUAGGAGCAAUACUCAAACAAAGUAUCCACACCACACGCAAAUGGAGCAACAACAACAACAGCAGCAACAACAAAAAAGCGUAGCUCACAUCUCUAAAUUGUUUGUCUGCACGGCUGUUGACUGUAAAGAUGAGAUCGAGGAGAAAUUCGAGCGAUCCUAUGUUAGUCUGCAGCAACAAAUUGCUGGACUCAGUGAUAAGGAGAUGCAUGAUAUUCUCACCCAGUUCGUUUGCAAGGAGAAACAGCAUGAGGAGAUAUCCAUUGGCUUCCUCUACAUAAUACUAACCGAUCCGGCAAUGGCACCCAAAACAUAUCGCGACAUAACACUCGUGUCCCGGGACGGCAUGAAUGUCAUUGUUGCCAAUCUUACACUUUUAGUUGCCGAAAAGUACGCAAAACUGACGGAGACGGCGCGGAGACAACUGAUUUGGGUGCUGCGUGAAUUUGUGAAACAUCAGGUUCUUAGCGUUGAGAAUGUGAUUUGGAACUGUUUGCGUCAGGCGGGCGGUGGAGAUGUAUCGCAUAAGAAUCUAUAUCUGGUUGAGAGUCUUUUGGACAUUUUCAUUGAGUAUCGGGCGUGGCUUGAGACGAAUCCCUUCCUUGUCCAGUCUUCCGUUUAUAGUUUUGUUCGCCUUAUCGAGGACCAUGCGAAUCCCGCCCUAAUAUCAUUACGCCAAAAGGAAGUUAAGUUUACAAUCUCAUUGAUACGCGAUCGGUUUCAUGACAUUAUACCUUUGGGCAGAGAUUUUGUACGGCUUCUGCAAAAUGUUGCACGCAUUCCGGAAUUUGAACUAUUGUGGCGGGACAUCUUAUACAAUCCGAAGAGUUUACACCCAACAUUUAAUGGGAUUUGGCAUUUACUACAAAUACGCACAAGUCGACGAUUUUUACAGUGUCGAUUACUUCCAGAGAUGGAGCGCAAAUUGCACUUUUUGGCAUCGUCUGUUAAAUUUGGCAAUCAGAAGCGCUACCAGGAUUGGUUUCAAGACAAAUAUUUUGCUACGCCCGAGUCGCACAGUUUGCGAUCAGACCUGAUUCGAUUCAUUAUCAACGUAAUUCAUCCCACAAAUGAUAUGCUAUGCUCGGACAUUAUACCACGAUGGGCAAUCAUUGGCUGGCUAAUCUCAUCAUGCACGAACCCGAUUGCUUCCGCCAAUGCGAAAUUAUCACUGUUCUACGAUUGGCUCUUCUUCGAUCCGGCCAAGGAUAACAUUAUGAAUAUCGAACCGGGUAUUCUAGUGAUGUAUCACUCGAUCCGAAAUCAUCCGUUUGUGAGCAGCACACUGUUGGAUUUCUUGUGCCGCAUCACAAAGAACUUUUAUGUGAAGAACGAGGAUAGAAUCAGAUUGGGUGUAUAUAAUUCAUUAAAAUUGAUACUUGAUAAACAGGUCAUUCCAAACUUACAUCCACUAUUUGAGUCACCAAAACUGGACAGAGAAUUGCGUAACUUAAUACGUGAAAAUUUCCGAGAAUUUGUGACGCCCGUAGCAAAUAUGCCACAAUCGAUGUAUCCAGCAACGCAUACAAUUCAAGCGCCCAUCUUUAAAAAAGAAGCCGAUCAACGCCUGAUGCAAGGCGCAGAGAUCAUGGAUGCCGGUGGCGGAGGGGCUUUUGUGGCUAGCAGUGGCACUAAUAUGCUUGUGGACGAUGACAACAAAAUAGCCAUUGCACCGUUAGAAAGUAUGGAACGGGAAAAUGAGGCAGUGUUCAGUGAUGAUGAAAAUUUGCCCAGCACAAGCAAGAAUGAGGAAAAUACCGAUGACGACGAUGACUUGCCACUGUCGAAGGUUAGUGUACGGCUCAAAGAGAAACCAGUACCCGAAAAGGUUGAGCUGCCCGACGCGAUAGCCGAAUCGUUUGAGAUAUUUGUCACGAAACGCAACUCUUUUACAUGGGAGGCAUUUUUGAAAGACUUUCGCACGCUACCUGCCUCCGCUUUGGACGAAACACAGCUCAACUAUGUGAUCUCAAAUACGGUAUUGAUACUACGGGAAACAUUGCCGCAGCAGAACGUAUUCUCGGAGAGUAAAACCGAGGAAAAGUAUUUGGCCAAGAGCAUUAGUUAUCCACUGUACGGUUUAUUUCGGUUUCUAUAUGAGAAUGAAGACAAGAGCAAAAAACCAUUUCAAACCCUAUUGUCUGAGAUAUGCGGGCGUCUAACUGAAACGGGCUAUUUACUGCUCUACUUCAUGAAAAUUCACUGCAAAUUGCAGACGCGUAAAAACGCACAGCAAUCGUAUCAGUUUAAGACGACAGUUUAUCGACAAAUAUGCGAGGCAACAGAUGAAAAGAUUGGCGUUUGCCUCGUGCGCGAUUUGGAUCUGCUCGAGAAAGAGAACACAACAAUAUAUUUGUGGCUGCUGCCAGACAUCUAUCGGGAGUUCAAAACGAUAGCCAUCAAUAACACGGAACUGUUGCGUAUCACUCUCCGUUGCAUCGAUGCGAAAAACGUGCGCGACAUUAUGUAUUCGAUUGCCCAGGGUAAACUUACCAUAUUCAAGCAGGACGGCCUGCUCGACUGCAUUCGGGACAGCCUGGAAUAUGAGACAUAUGAACAGUUUUGCCUAUGGCAGCUCAUCCAGGCACACGAUGUACCCCUAAAAUGUAUACAAGAUUUACUUCCAGAACUAGAAGCUGCCAAUCAUCCUGAAGCGCUCAGCCAUUUGCUGUUGCUAUUGAAAAAUGAGGAGCCAACAAAUGAAAUAAUCAGACUUUUGCUCAGUAGGGAAGCUAAAUCCAGAGGAGAUCCAUUUGUCACAUCUGCUCUCAGGUUUUGGUGUCAGCGAUGUGAAGAGAAGCUUUCGGAAAUUAUAGCAUCACUUCUUACAUCCAAAUACCCGAGCUCAUCGCCCAACAAACGAAAACGUCCCUCUAAAGGUAGUUCCGCUGCGAGCAGUACACCAUCGGCUGAUCAUGUGUUGAAUCAUCUGGAGCAUUAUAGAAGAAGCUGUAGGCAUGGAACUGGGACAGGACUUUAUGUUCAUGAUAUGAUGCAGCGAGCACUGCAAUCGGCGUACUCACAUAGCAAUGAAAGUACAAAGAAACAGUUCAGCGAUCUAUUCGCAUUGGCAGCGGAAGAUGAGACGACGGCCGUUGGUCGUCGUGGUGGCAGCGGACGUGGACGUAAGCAGCCCGUUGGUAAAAAGGACUCAAGUAAUCAUAGUGCAAGCAGUAAAAAGAAUUCAGAUGUUGUCAAAACUAUAUACUCGUCUGAUGAGAACUCAAGUGAAGAGGAUUGGUCAAAGCAUAAAGUUACGCAGCCGGCAAAAAAGAGAAAAAAAGCAAUCAAUGAUUCUGACUGACAGUGUCAACGUCAAUUGAUGUCUUCAGUUCCGAUCGGUUCCUUGGAUGAUGGAAAUUAUACAAAACAUGAAUAUGCGUUUUGGAACGAAAUUAUUUAAGUUUAAAAUGGUUUACGAUUUUAUCAAUUUAUAAUUAGUAAAAUCAAUUGUAGAAUUUUUUGAAUGUUGAAAUUGUAACGUUAUAUUUUUUUAUUUU